AUUCUCAGUCUGUUUGACGCACCCACCGCGAGCCUAGCUUAGCACAAAGACUAGAGGUACUUGGUUGCAGUUAGCCUACUAAUCCAAAUAAGUGAAAAAAAUAACGCAAACAUUUUCCUAUUUACAGGUUGCGAUUUGUAUAGUCAUAGAGUGUACAAAAUACAAAGUUAUAUGAGACACAGACAUAUUUUAAUCGUAUAAAUACUGGGAUCUAUAUUCUCUGAAGGCGAAGCACUACUACUCGGGCGGAGUGAGAACCGCAGCACCUGAGACGCGCCGUGGCGAGGAGGAGCAGAAAGUUCGUUCAGAGUUUGAGAUACAGAGACAGCAAUUUAUUAAUAGUAAAAGCGUGUUUUACAAUCAUGGGUUUUCGCUGCAGUGUAAAGAGCUGCGACAAUAAACAGGGGAGACCAGGUAAUACCAUGAUGUUUCACAGAAUCCCAACUAGAAACACUGACCGGAUGAAGACAUGGCUAAUUGCUCUGAAUAUUGAUCCAAACACACCAAAAGAGAGUAUCAAGGGACAUUAUGUUUGCUCUGUACAUUUCACUGACGACGACUAUAUUGAAAAAAUGCAAUUUGCCACAAGAACCACGAAACGUGUGCUGAAGGACACGGCCAUCCCAUCAAAAUCACUUGCAGGACAAAGUGCUGCGGCUGCGGAUGAGCCGAGUAACCUGCACCUGGAUCAACUGGAAUUUGAGGAUGUUUCCAGCCUGUUUGCAGGUGUACCACACUUCACCCCCAGAAAAACCUGUACUGUACCUACUGCAGAGUUCAAAGCCCCACUACCUUUGCAGCUCAAAAGUCCUGCUCAGACAGCUACGGGGUCGGGGACAAAGGCAUUGAUUGCCUUGGCACCCAGCUGGACACGUCAAUUGGACACUGCUUCAUCGUCCAUAAUGAUGCCUACCUGCAGGCCAGAAAAAAGUCUUAUCUUUGAUGAAACACAACAAAUUGAUUAUUCUGAAAUGGAUAUCGGUUCAGCAACAUCAGCCUUGGAUAUUAGCAUGGCCUCUGAACCAGCCGCGGAUCCUGCUGACUCCAGUUUCGUCCCCGCCACCUCUACCACAGGAAGCACGGCAAGCAUGCCUGGACAACAUGGAGGAUGGAAAGAGAGAAAGUGGCUGGUAAAUGAGUCCAAACUCAUGGAACUCUUUAAAAAAUGCACUGUUUGUGGAUCUGAAGUGUGUGAUUUGAACCAAAUUGUGAAAACAUCUGGCGCCAGCAUCAGAGUAAUAUGGAAAUGUAACAGUGGACACACCGGAGAUUGGGAAUCAUGCCCAAGUGUUCGUGGAAUGGCGGAGAACAACCUGCUAUCAGCAGCAGCAACACUCUUCACCGGUGCUACCUACACAGAUAUUGCUGAGUGGGCAGAGCUUUUGAACAUUCAGCUGCCCCAUAAAUCCACCUAUUACAGUAUACAGUCCAGCUACCUGAUUCCAGUCAUUACUGAAAAAUACAAGAAGCAGGAGGACACUAUAAGAGCAAGACUCAUCGGCCAGACUCAGGAUGGUGAGGGAGUACGGGUCUGUGGAGAUGGGAGAAGUGAUAGCCCAGGCCAUUCCUGCAAAUACACUACGUAUUCCUUCGUGGAUGACUCCACCAAUCAAAUUGUAACAUUUGAGUUGAUUCAGGUGACCCAGGCCAAAAGUUCUGUUGCCAUGGAGCCAAUCGGUUUCAAGAAAGGAUUGGACAAGCUCCUAGAUGAAGGCAUCAAUGUAAAGGUUGUCACAACUGACCGACAUCCCUCUAUCAGGAAAAUAAUGAGGGAGGAUUUUCCAAAUAUAGAACACCAAUUUGAUCCAUGGCGUACUGGAAAAGGAAUUAAAAGAAAAUUGGUUUUGGCAUCCAAUCGCAAGAACUGCAUGGCCCUUGCUCCUUGGAUAAAGAGUGUGAUCAAUCACAUGUGGUGGAGCUUUAGCUCAUCUAAAGGAGAUCCAAAGGAAUUGUUGAGACGAUGGAAGUCAAUUCUCCAUCAUAUCUGCGGGGUCCAUCGCUGGGAAGAAGAUGGCAAGGAACAUACAUGCUACCACACUGAACUGCCAGCGAACGAGCAAAGGAGGAAGAAAUGGUUGGCCGAAGACUCCCCUGCCUACAAGGCCCUUUAUGAAGUGGUGAUGAAUGCACGCCUCCUGAAAGACCUGGAACAAAUGGCACUGUUCAAACACACAGGACAACUUGAGGUCUACCAUAAUGUUCUUCUAAAAUACUGUCCCAAAAGUUUGCACUGUGAAUAUGCAUCAAUGCAAGCACGAACAAUGUUGGCAGUCAUGGACCAUAACGAGAACCACGAAACACAACGUGAACAAGCAAAAACAGCGUCUGGCCUCCAAAGACACAAUGUGAUAUUCCAAAAACAAUCCAAACAAUGGAUUGCCCGACCAGUCUACCAGGAAACAACGCAGACUUUCAGGAACGAAUUGAUGGACGCAGUCAUUCAGAGAAGGCUGGAUCCAUCGGUGAAAUACCAAGAUGUCAUCGCCACAGUUUCAAAACCCAGGAAGGAGGAUGUCAUUGCCGGACACACAUCAAGAUUCACAGGUCCAGACUCAUAAUGGUAUCUGAGAUGGUUAUAAAUAAAUAAAAGGAUUUAUUUAUAACCCCACCCACCUAUCACUCUUUAGUCCUGCUUUUCAGUAUGUCACCACUGCCACCCAAAGUUCCCUUUUUGUUAUUCUUGUAUAUAGUUUUUGGUUAUUGUGGUACGGCAAUUGUAAAAUAAACAAGAAUAUUUCUCAUUA